UUCUGCCACUUUGAGAGACUUGUGUUAACAGAGAAAAAAAACUAUAUACCAUAAACUGAGAAAGAGAGAGAGAGAGAGAGAGAUUAAUGGAGGAUUCAAUUGAUGAUAAUAAAAAGAAAAGAGACGGGGAAGAAAUUAAGCUUCCAGGUUUUAGAUUUCACCCAACAGACGAAGAACUUGUGGGGUUUUAUCUGAGAAGAAAGGUGGAAAAGAAACCGAUCAGUAUUGAACUAAUCAAACAGAUUGACAUCUAUCAAUAUGAUCCUUGGGAUCUUCCAAAAGUUAGCAAUGUGGGAGAAAAAGAACGGUAUUUCUAUUGCAAGAGAGGAAGAAAAUACAGAAACAGCAUAAGGCCAAAUAGGGUGACCGGUUCAGGGUUUUGGAAGGCAACCGGCAUCGACAAGCCCAUCUAUUCGUCGUCAACCAAAGAACCCCAUCAUCACCAUCACCAUCACCAUCAUCAGCAUGAUCGUCAUCAGCACCAGCAUUUAUGCACAUGCAUUGGGCUCAAGAAAUCCCUUGUCUACUAUCGAGGCUGUGCCGGCAAGGGCACCAAGACCGAUUGGAUGAUGCAUGAGUUUCGCCUUCCCCCUAAUGGGAACCACACCACCAAGGCCCAAGAAGCGUUGCAUGCAUGCAGGAAGUUUGGACGCUUUGUCGAAUCUUCAAACGAACCCCGCCAAACAACAAGUACCCACCAACCACGGUGGCAUCAACGGCGGCUUGGAAAUUCAGUGCCACCACAACAAUCAAACAAAGCGGAACUGAUUCUCCCACAACUUGUUGUAGCAGCUUGGAAGAUGUUUCUCAAAGCCAAAACAGCUACGACAAGUGCAAGAGCCUUUGUGACACAAUCAUCCAACAAAAGGGUAACAAACCAGACAUGUCCAUGGACCAAGUUGAUGCAAGAAACUACUUCCUUUAUGGCGGCACUCUUCCAUUGUCAACGCAGCAAGCUCCAUUUACAGCCACGAAUUUCCCCACUUUUUGCAACCACCCCAGUGGCGAUGUCGAUGUGUUUAGUAAUGGAAAUUGGGAUGAGUUGAGACCAGUAGUCGAGGUAGCCCUUGAACCCUAUACCAGCCAUGCCUUUGAUUUUACAUAAAUGGGGUUGCCGGAGAAUGAAGGUAUAUAUAUAUAUAAUGAUUUGGAAGAUGAAAUGGAGAUGAUGUUAAUUGAGUUGAAUCUUUGUUUGGUUAACACUAUUCGAAAGUUUUCAUUUAAAUCAUUAAACUAUUUGAAAGUUUCUAUUUAAGUUAUUAUGAUGUGAACUUUUUUAA